AUGGCAUCGAUUGUUAGAUCGACCACGAAUCGCGCAGUCCAUCUGCGCAUUAUACCAAGGCCAUCGAAUCUGGGCGAAUCCAGAGAGAUACUGCGGCUGAUCUCGCAAUUCGGAGAAGUCGAGUACUUCAAAAAUCUCAAAUACGAUCACUUAUCCGCGCCCAAUGCUGCUCUGGUCAUCUACAAAGACGAGGAUGCCGCCCAGCAUUGUCUCAGAAAGAGCCCCAUUCGCUUCAGAAUGGGCAAGGCCGUGGCAGGAGAAUCAACUUCACAACCUGUAGAGGAACACUCUCCCGAGACUGCAUCCACAACAAAUGAUAGACCAUUGGACAAUCCAUUUCUUGCUACGGACGCAGCGACCGCCAGCAAUGCCCCGAAAUCGGAUGUAUCACCAGCGCCAGUACCCAAGACUGUGCCCCGACAACCACCAACGCUCACAGAUUCCCACCUGUACCAGGUCCAAAUUCACCCUGCGCGAGUGCAUUUCAGAGACCAGAUCAAUGCAGGCCACUACCACGGACCUUUUCCAAUUGACACCAAGAGCGUAGCGCAAGGUGAUCUUGCGAAGUCUGUUCCCCUACCUGGGCUCAGCUGUGUUGAUUGGAGGGCUGGUGAUAAGCCAUGGAGAAUCGUACGGCAAGAGCAGUUUCGAGAACAUGAGAGUUGGAACAAGAGGAAGAGCUUGAGGGAGCUUUACAACGAGAAGUCUGAGGCGGCCUCUACUCCUCAGCUACUUUCAAAUGAGAAGCCCAAGACUGGCUCCGUUCCCGAAUCUUGGGAGAGACCCAUUUGA